AUGCUACAGUCACUGGCCAUUCUCUUCUUAUUUGCAAUCUCCUCAGUUAAUGGAGAAGCAUGUAUUUUCGGAGAAUGCCCACCCGGCUUCAAAUGUGAUAUACAGACCGAUCAGUGCAUUGAGGAUCCAUCCGCAACUACUACAGCUGCACAGCCAGCAGUAACAACUGCAGCAGCUACAACCCCAACAACUGCGCCACCAACAACUGCGGCUCCAACAACUGCAGCACCGGCAGCACCAACUUCUGUAACUGUAGUUCCAGCACCGACGACUUCGUCGGGCGAAACGAGAACAACAGCUGCAGCUGGUGGGAGUGGCGUUUGUGCAGAUGACAAUUCUUCUGAAUGUCAGGCCAAAAAGCAACUUUGCAGCAGUGCAGCCUACAAAAAACUAAUGACCGAAAAAUGUCCAGUUACGUGCGGCUUCUGUAAUGAUGGUGCUUCGGCUACUACAACAGCUAGUGCAGCAGAGACAACACCACCUGCUCCAGUGACCACAGCUCCUAAUCCAGUAACCACACCACCUGCUCCAGUAACUACACCACCUGCUCCGGUAACCACAGCACCUGAUCCAAUAACUACAGCUGCAGAAGAAAACUGA